ACCCAGCAGUUACCAGCUAGCGUUUUCGUAAUUUGACAAGCGCCCAUGAUAGCUGCACUCGUGUUACUUGGCUGGUUUAACUUAUCUUCGAGUGGUUGUGUGACAACGUUUUCCUCGUCGUCAUAUUAUCAGCAGCGUUUCACCUGUGACUGAUCAGCAAUGUCAUCAAGCAAUGAUAAACCCACCCGUGAGAUAUCUCCUGCCUUGGCGGACCUUUGCUCGGAUUAUUGGAACUGGAGGAUGGCUGACUCACCAGAAUUCGCAUCAGCGGUCGGUAUCCGUGACUACGACGACCAACUUGAUGACCUGUCGUUCGAGGCCCACCAACGACGCUACGACCAGUGCGAAGCUUUUCUCGCGCGGGCUCGAGACCUGGAACCGCGACUCAUUCGGCAGCAGGACCUCACCAACCUGAAGGCGUUCAAGGCGGAGAUACAGGCAUACGUCGAUGGGUUCCGAUUUCAAGGGUUCCUGAUGCCAAUAGGAUACUCUGAAGGCGUCCACGUGGACUUCGAGCGCCUCGUGUCCUACAUGACCCUGGAAGGAGUCGCGGACUUCGAGAAAGUACUGGCCAGGUACCGGCGGCUCCCGAAACAGAUAGAUCAGAUCAUUCUCCUCAUGAAGAAGGGAGUCGAGAUGGGUGUUGUGCACCAUCAUAUAUCUAUGAAAGGAGUUGGAAAGAACAUUGGUCGUUUCGUCGUGAGCGACGCGACUAAGAGUCCCUUGUGGACUCCCUUCUCCCAGAUUCCGGAUACAAUAAUUAAGGAGCAGCGAGAUCUACUCAGAGAGAAGGCCACAGAAGUUAUCACGCAUCAGGUUUCUCCAGCCUUUGAGAAACUAAGAGACUACGUAGACAACGAAUACAUAACUCGGCCGGACAUCGCCGUCACCAGUCUCCACGAGGGAGAGGCCAGAUACGAACAACUACUCAAAUUCCACACGUCUACGAACCUGUCGGCGGAAGAAAUCCACCAGAUGGGUUUGGAGGAAGUUGGUCGGAUUCAGAAGGAAAUGGCCAAGAUCGUGGAAGAACUGGGCUUCGAGAUGAGCGUGGCCGAAUUUUCCGACAUGAUCCGCUACGAUCCCAAGUCCUAUUUCAACAACCCCGAAGACAUGAUGGAUAAGUUCAAGGAGAUCGUCUACGAUACCAUUGAGCCCAAAUUGGAGGGUAUCGUCAGGAAACGUCCAAAGUCAGAUCUAGAACUGGUGGCGUCGCCCUCCUGCGACGGAGUCCUCGGGUACUACUUGGCAGGGUCCUACGACGGAUCGAGACCGGGGAAAUUCUACGUCAAUACGCAACUCUACGCUUCCAUUCCCAGGUACGAGAUGAUGACCUUAUGCCUGCACGAGGGUAACCCAGGUCACCACCUGCAGGCCUCCCACACCAUGGAGUCCCCCCACAUCCCCUUCUUCAGGAGGGUGAUCGAAGACAGGAACUACCAGGUAUCGCCUUCGAGGUUCCCCAUCAACACGGGGUACUUGGAGGGGUGGGGCCUCUAUUCGGAGGACCUGGGGUUCGACAUGAACCUUUAUGGCGACCCGUAUGACAGGUAUGGCCACUAUUCGUAUGAAAUAUACCGCGCUUGCCGUUUGGUGGUUGACACCGGCAUGCACGCGUUCAGUUGGAGCAGAGACCGGGCCAUCGACUUCAUGAAACAGCACACAGCUUUGGCUACGAAGAAUAUCGAGAAUGAAAUCGACCGCUACAUCACUUUUCCUGGUCAAGCCGUUGGCUACAAGGUGGGCGAACUGAAGAUCUGGGAACUGAGGAAAAACGCCCAGAGGAUUUUGGGAGAGUCCUUCGACCUCAAGGAAUUCCACGAGAUCGUGCUGGAUUCCGUAGGACCUCUGGAAGUCUUGGAGGACGAGGUCACGAGGUGGAUUGAGGGAGAGAGAAAGAAAUGACACGACAUUCCAUACUUUUGUGAGGACUGACAAGGGAUUUUGUAUGAGGCAAAUAAACGGCAUCGCUCUCA